AUGUUCAUUAAUGUUGAACAAGAGACAACAGAGGUGGCCUGUCAACUACCAUUACUCAUACAUAAACAUAUCAUUGACAUCUACUUGGAGAAUGAUUGUGGUCUAUCUGAUAAAGUCAAGCGUAUGCAGAUUUACACAGUCUCAAAGUACUGGUGCAGAUAUAUAGCAACGUUUGCAACCACACUUUAUGUACACUACACCGAUAUCAGUGUACUGCAAGACUAUAUGAACCAUUUCUCGACAGGUAGUAGUCGUAAUACAAUGAUUGAUCCAAAUCGCAUUACAAGGAUCAAAUUCAUUGGUAAACUAAAUAGACAUGAACGAUAUAGACCUUCGAACCCUCUUUUUGGUGAUAAAGAUUCACAACAAAUCAUCAACUUUCUCAACUACUUUCCAAACACCAAAUCAUUGUACAUAUUCAAUGGCAGCAACAUCUCUACCACCUUUACUCAACAUAUGCUCCAAAUCCUUUCUUCCUCUACCACCACCGCCGCCACCACCACCACCACCACCACCACCACCACUGAUCAACAUGGAAACAAUCGACUCCUACUCAAACUAGAGAUGAUAGAAUACAUUGACGAACACUUUAGAGGUGACCAAUUUGGAUUCUUGGAGGAUCUACCAGAAAACAAUGAAAAGUUAACCUUUUUAAAAAGUGUACAGAAUAUUCCAUCAAUAACAUCAUUAUCCUAUCUAAACUAUAAACAUCCUGUAAAAUCAAAUCUAGACUUUGUACAAUAUAUGAUUAAUAAUCAAUCAUCAAAAUUAGAAUCAUUUAAAAUGUUUGGUAGAUUUAGUUAUUAUGGAAAGUUUGAUACUAGUACAUUAUUGGUUAAAUCUUUGGCUGAUAGUAUGGUGAAUCUGAGACAUUUGGAUUUGGGAUUAGUACAUAUAUUGGAACCAAAGAUAUUUGUAGUUGAUUUUCUUGGCUCACUGCCAAUUACCCUAGAGUCGUUGCUAUUUGGUCCACUUAAAGUGGCCGAUGAAGAAGAGAAUGAAGAGGUUCAGAUAUUGUUGGCUCAAUACUUGUCAAAAACCAAACUAAAGAGAUUCUCUACUCGAUUCGAUCUUUCAGAGUUGGUAUUUCAACAAUUAUCACUUAACCAUAAUCUAGAGGAUCUAGAGUUUGUCUAUCCACAAUGUCUGUUGCGAUUGGACCCAGACCCUCAACAUAGGUAUCCAGACUUUUCAAAAACAAAUUUAAAACGUCUAUCAAUUCGAUAUCCAAUAGGAUCGGUCAGUCUCAACAUAGUCGCCAUAUUCCUCUACUUUAAGAAUGUGACCAGUAUCAAGUAUUUGGCGAUUCCACAAGACACACAAUUCUCUCAAACUUGUAACACAAGAUUCCCUUAA